GCAAUAGCUGCCCGAUCGUAAUUUAGGUAGUAGGGAAGGGCGAUCGAGAGGCCAGGGCUGAUCGAUUGAAGUUGCCUGGCUCCUUGCGUGCCCUGUGCGCUGCGGGCUCUUCGCGCCUGCGUAGUGCGCCCCCAUCCCUUUCUGCCUCCUCUGCCGCCAUGGCGCCUGUGAAAAAGCUUGUGGCAAAGGGGGGCAAAAAAAAGAAGCAAGUUUUGAAGUUCACCCUCGACUGCACCCACCCUGUGGAAGAUGGGAUCAUGGACGCUGCCAACUUUGAGCAGUUCCUCCAGGAGAGAAUCAAGGUGAAUGGGAAAGCUGGCAAUCUUGGCGGAGGGGUUGUGACCAUCGAGCGGAGCAAGAGCAAGAUCACUGUCACUUCCGAGGUGCCUUUCUCCAAAAGGUAUUUGAAAUAUCUCACCAAAAAAUAUUUGAAGAAGAACAACCUCCGAGACUGGCUGCGUGUUGUCGCCAACAGCAAAGAGAGUUACGAGCUGCGUUACUUCCAGAUUAACCAGGAUGAAGAGGAGGAGGAGGACGAGGAUUAAGACACAUUGGUCUGCAAUGUUUUCUAUCAAUUCAUAAAUAAAAUUUAGGAACAAAACCCAGUGGUUUAUCCUUGCAUCUCUGCAGUGUGGAUUGGACAGGAAGUUGGAAAUGACAGGGAGUGGGCUUUAACUGGGGGCUGCUCGUUUGUACAUAGACCCUUUUUUCCUGCUCAGAAAUUUCAGUUCUCCAGUAGUGAUGCCCAAACAGAAGGACCAGGCUAAGGGGCUGCAUCUGACACUGAGCCAGGUAGAGAGGAGAGGGUGGGCUGUGAACUCCAGCCAGCCCGAGUCAUAAAGAGCCUGGUGGUUGGUUAUAUCUGGUUCCCAUCUCAAAGUAAGGUUUGAGACACUGUGGUGCUCCUCAGUAGAAACAAACAGGUGAUUUCUUUGUGUGUGUGUGUGUUUUUUCUUCUGGAAAAUGGCAGCCAGUAAGACAGGUUUCAGGGACAUUUGUCACCAGGUCUGAACACAAGCUGCUCACAGCUGUGUAUACUAACCUUUUUCCUUCCUACUGAAAUAAGAGGGGGUGUCUUUCAAUAUCACUGCUGCAUAUUCUUCCCUUUAUUAAAGGAUCUGUAAAAGUAAAAAGUAUGCUGGCAGCCAUGCCUUUAAGUGGCUCUCUGUAGGGUAUUUGUGAGUCAGAGGUCAACAAGGGCUUGUAGGGGAAACUAAAAGCCCAUGGCUUCUGUCUUUGCAACAAGCUAUUUGUCUAUCCUCCAGCAGAGGGCGAGGAGGACAGCUUCCAGAUGUUCCCAGUAGGGGGAGCCCCUCUGGGCCCAGAGCUCCAGAGGCUUAUGGGGAGGAGCACCAGUUCUGGUGGAGGAGGGCCUUUGAUGGGAAGAUACGGAAGUGCUGCUUCCUAAGCCGGCACAGCUGGACUUUGACAAAAGUCCUAGUCUGGGACCACAGCCCAGUGGUGGAACUCUUACCUAAUGGGCUCCAGGUUUAAUCUCCAGUCCAAGCUGUGUGUACCUGCAGGGCUCUGGGCAUGGAAGGCCCUGUGGGGUUUUGUUGCCACUGUGUGUGGCUGGAGGACUGGCAAGCAGGAAAUGUCUUUAUCAAGGGUUACCUUGGAAGACUUCCCCAACACCAUAGGGUGCUCCUCUGGUCAAAAACUGUGCAGAAGCAUCUGCUUGCUUUCUAAUAACAGUAUGCAAUGCUUAAAGGGCUCGUUUACAGCCGGUGGCCACACUUGAGGCCCGGACAUCAAAUGUCCAAGUUCUGCCGCACUUCCAAGUAUUCUCGUGGUCUGUAGAGUUUAACCUGUUGAGGCUUUGCAAUACUCCUGUGGCAAAGGCUCUAGUGCUUUCUGUUUCUAUGCAAAUUUCUCGAAGCAGAACUAUUACUGUCUUUCUCCUCUGCCCGUGGAGGAGGAGGCGGUUCCUUCCAACUUCAGGUGCAGCCCCUCGUGGUGAUUGGCGGUCUUUAAGUCUGUGACUUGGGUCUGCAGAUCUCAAUUGUAACAUUGGUGUACCAUGUGGUGGUUUUUAGUUCGGCUGUAAAAAUUAACCCUGGGUUGAUUAGCAUAUGCUUCUGAAAGAUGGUCCCAGAUUUUGAAACUUGUAAUAAAAUGGAAACUCGCUGGUUUUUAUGCCUUUCUAACUCUUGUAUUUGAAUGGAUGUUGAUCACUUUUUGUAUUAAAGUGGCUGACACAUGGCUACUGUCA